GUCUACUUUCUCUCUCAUAUUUUGCUAAUAGGCUCAGGCUGUGGUGUAUUCCUUAAGAAAGGUGCAAAAAUACUUGCUUUCUUCAUUGGUGCCGCUUUUGUAUUCUUGCAAUACAUGCGCUCACAAGGUCUCAUUGUCGUCAAAUGGGACAAUAUCAGUAGAAGAUACAACGCGUCACUCAAGCGCAAAGUUGGAGAUAAUAGCACAUCUGAUGGUGUUGCAGUCGCUAGAGUUUGGAACAGACUCGUAGACUUCCUCACCGCAGACUUCCAGAGUCGCGCAACAUUCAUCGCCGGCUUAGGUUUAGGCUUAAGAUUAGGUUAA